AUGCGACAGUUUGCUGUGACCCAAAUUAUGCAGUUUGCUGCCAUCUACCGUCCGUUCGUAGACACGCGCUUCGGCGCCUCAAGCCCCGCGACGCUGUCCAGCGGUAUCGGACGCCUGGAGCCCUGGCCGUGCAGGGUCCACGGGAUCUGGGGGAUUUCGGGCCCACACCGACGCACUCAGCUGGAUCUUGGUUCCCCAGUCCAAGGGAGGAGACCCUCAGGGCAGGCGCCGGCCCGGCAGUUCCACUCGGUUGGCAAAAGACAAACCGGGUCUGUGUUCUCCUGGUUGGCUGGUGGGUCUUGCCAGUUCCUCGGUUGGUGGGUCCGUGGUGAAGAAAUUGAACCGAGUUUUCUGGAAACUGUUGAUGUCUGCAAGUUCCUUCUUUGGACCCAGGUUCCUCCUUUGGGCCGAGGCCGCCAGACAUACAUGCGCUACCAGAGGGUGGAGCUGGAGGAGUUUCCCUACAAUCGCUACCUGGCGGGCGGUGCAUCCCUGUGCCUGACCCAGCGGCAGAUCAAGAUAUGGUUCCAGAACCGACGCAUGAAGUGGAAAAAGAAGAGCAAACUGCUCAGCGCGUCUCAGCUCAGUGCCGAGGAGGAGAAAGAAAAACCGGCCAAGUGAAGGCGACGUCAGUCAGCUCCAGCGCCAAUUUCACCGAAAUGGACGAGGCCACCGCGUCCU